CCUUGGCCUCGGCGUCGGCGGGCCGCGCAGGAGGAUCAUGGCCGAGGGGGCGGUCCCGGGGGGAUCUGGGGAUUCCGUUUCCCAGCGUUUCCUAUACGAGGUGCCAGCCUGGAUCAUGUGUCGCUUCUACCAAGUGAUGGAUUCCCUGGAGUCGACCGACUGGUACAAGUUCGCGUCCCUCAUUGUUCAGGACCAGACAGAACUUCGGUUGGGAGAGCGUUUUUACGAUCGAACAGCCAGGAUCAUGUGGCCUUGGAUUAACAAAAAUGCCCGGGUUGCUGACCUCCUUCAUAUCCUCACUCACCUCCAACUGCUUCGAGCACGAGACAUCAUCACUAGCUGGCACCCUGAGCCCCCAUCAUUAUCCCUUGCUGUUUCAUUAACCAGCACACCCACCCCUCCAUGGCCCCCUCCUCACCCAAAGCCCACUAGCAUCCAUAAGGAAGAGGGAACCAGGCCUCCAAAGGUGCCACAGUCUGCCUCGACCUUCCCUUCCCCAGGUUUCCCCUCAGACUCCUGGCCCUUCCCCUGCCCUACCCCGAGCCCUGUACCCCAAGGGGCUGGGCCAUUCGGCUCUAACACCUCCUCUUCUCCCACAAAGCAAGGAGAAGAAAACAAAAUCUCCCCAGUGGAGUGUGUCAACCCAUCCCCCUUCCGUUGGCCCUUCCUUGAGAUUGCCCAGGCCACCUGUAACUUCUCGGAGGAGCUGAAGAUUGGCGAGGGAGGCUUCGGCUGCGUGUACCGGGCUGUGAUGAGAAACACUUCCUAUGCUGUUAAAAGGCUCAAGGAGGAUGCCGAGCUGGAAUGGAAUACCAUCAAGACGAGCUUUGGCACCGAAGUGGAGAAAUUGUCUCGGUUCCGUCACCCAAACAUCGUGGACUUUGCUGGCUACUGCAUUCAAGACAACAUCUAUUGCCUGGUCUACGUCUUCCUACCCAAUGGCUCCCUGGAGGACCAGCUCCACUCUCAGAGCCAGAAUCCUUCCCUCCUCUCCUGGGCUCAACGAGUAGAUAUCUUGCUUGGCACAGCGAGGGCCAUUCAGUUCCUACAUCAAGACAACCCUAGCCUCAUUCAUGGAGAUGUCAAAAGUUCUAAUAUCCUCCUUGAUGAGAAGUUGAUGCCCAAACUGGGAGAUUUUGGCCUGGCCCGCUUCAGCCGCUACUCAGGGGCUGCCUCUGGGAAGAGCAGUUCUCUGGCCCGAACUCAGACCAUUCGGGGCACCCUGGCCUACCUACCUGAGGAAUAUGUCAAGACGGGGAAGCUGACGGUAGAGAUUGACACCUUCAGUUUUGGUGUGGUGCUGUUGGAAAUUCUGACUGGAUGUCGAGCCAUUGAGACAGAUGGGGCUAAAACCAAGUACCUGAAGGAUUUGGUUGAAGAAGAAGAAGAAGACGCUCCAGCCCCCAGCAAAGGGAUGACAACAGGGCCCGGAGCAGACUUGGAAGCCAGGGCCACCCAGAUUGGCUCUCUACUUUAUGCAAAGUAUGCAGACUCCAGGCCUGGAAAGUGCCCUCAGGAGCUGGGCCAGGAGCUUGGCCGACUGGCUUGCCGCUGCCUGCACCGGAGGGGCAAGAGGAGGCCUCCCAUGACCAAGGUCUAUGAAAGUCUAGAGAAGCUACAGGCCUCAGUGGGGCUGUCCGAGCAAGAGGCUGGAAGCAGAGGCCCGGCCUCGCCUCAGGAGAACUCUUACAUGUUCACCCCUAGCCCAGCAACUGAUGCUAGGAGCCCUGUGCCGCGCUCUCAAGCCAGGGCCCACACUCAGGAGUCAAAGCAGCUCGGGAAUCGCCCCAACCAACCCGUGGAAAGUGACGAGAGCACACCUGGCCUCUGCGAUGCUCUCAAUUCCUGGAAUUUGAACCAAGACUUGCCGUCGGUGCCAAGCCUGCCUGGUGGCCCAGCGGAGGGAGCAGGAGCUCAGUCCUUGUGUUCUCUUAGGCAGACUCCCUGUCCACCAGAGGCAUCUCCAGGAGAGAGCUGGGGGAGCCAGGCAAAGGCAAGCAGCUUGGGACGUGGACCAAACAGCUCUGAAGAGAGCGUCACCUCCGCAAGGCCUCAGAUCAUCAUUAACCCUGCUCGGCAGAAGUUUGUCCAAAAACUGGCCCUGUAUGAAAAUGGGGUGCUCACCAGCCUGGAGCUCCUUUCCUCCAGUUCCUCCCCAGGUUUGGGGCUGGACCAAGGAAACAGGCAGGGACCUGAGGAGAGUGAUGAAUAUCAGAGCUGAUUUGCUCAUGUGGACAGAUACCCAGAAAUGGAAGUCAAAGUUCUCAUGGUUGGACGUUCUCAAAGCACAAGAACACUCAUCUCUGGGUGGGGGGAUCAUGGCUGAAGCAAGCCACCCUGGGAGAGGAGCAAGGCUGCCAAGAUAAAAGGGCUUCUGUGGAGCCAGGCUAUGGCACUUGGCCCAAGGGUACUCUCUCCCAGAGGGAUAUAAGCCCUGCCUUGGACCAGCCCCUGAGGAGAGAAACUUUGCCUCUAGGGUCCUAGGUCUCUGUGUAUCUGCCCCAGAUUGUAGAGGAGCCAGAGACCUCUCUUAAAUUGGCUUCCAAUUAGCAGCUGGGGGGGAGGAGAGAAAACCGAGGCAGGGAUGGAUGAACAGCUUACUCAGCGCUAAUGGUUUCUGCCCCUCAUAUCGGGGCCAGACAGGGACCACUCCACACUUCCUUGGCAAGAUUUAGCCUGAAAAUCAGAAGACCCGAUAGCCUCCACUUGUGGACCCUCUCAUAAGGAAGCGGGCCUGAGAGGCAAAUCAGUGGUACACUCUCACUCAGAACCCCCCACCCUUUCAGUGCCAUUACAGCCUAGGAAUGGCCCAUGGAGAAACAAAGGAAUUAGGUGAGGAUCUCAAGCUAGGCAGCAUUAGUAGGAAGUGCAGAUGCCUGACAGCAGUGAGGCUUUUUCAUUUUGGCACGGCCGAGGCCUUUGAUCCUUGGCAUCUGAAUGGGGCUGCUAGGAAGGUCAGCAGCAAAUGGAAAUGGCUCCGAGGCAGGGAAGGUCCAGCUUAGCUCUGCUUCUCCAGGCUUGUCUUGGUGUGGUGUACGAGGGAGUGGGGGAGGGAGGAGUCAACAAAGGCACUGAUUACAGACUCAAACUGAUUCACACGUGGGGCCAAAGCCCCUGAAUAGCCUGGGACUGGUGCACAUAGUACCUCAAUGGCACGGGAGCAUGGUUGGCAGCUGGCACCCCUGCUGCUGCCUCCACCCUUAUGUGGCCACGUAGGAGUCACUACAGGCCCCGGGCUGGCCCAUUCUGGACAAAGCUAUGUAUUUGAUGAAGACCAUGUUUUCCUUGGGCAAUAAAGUCUUAUGUAUAUUUUUUA